UAAUCAUUUUUUAAAAACAAACUUGAAGUUUGUGUGAAAAAGUUGAAAUAAUUACAAAUAAAUUUUAAAAUGUAUUUUUCGCUGUAGCUAUUAAGAAUAGAAUUAAACAUAAAUUUAAAUAACGUCAUUAAAAAGAAAGGUACACAAGGUCUAGAAUAGUCACAGAUCUCUGAUAUACAGAAUCCUGAUUUGAGAAUUUGUUUAUCAAAUAAGAUAAGAUCUUCAGGUUUAAAUAAAUAUUUAUAUUUCCGUGAUUAUAAUCAUUAAGAACUACAAAUCUACAUGAACUUUCAUUUUUAUACAUAUGAAAUAAAUAAUAUAUAACAUUUUGUUUCGAAAGAAAUGGCCUCCUUAGAAAAUAAUGGUGACCAAUUAAUUUUAGCAACAGGAGGAUAUGAUCAUACGAUAAAAUUGUGGCAAGCACAUACUGGGCAUUGUGUACGAACACUACAGCAUGAUGAUUCGCAAGUGAAUGCCCUAGAUCGUACUCCCGAUAAAACAAUGUUAGCGUCCUGUGGGUAUAUGAGUAUUAGGUUAUACGAUUUAACCUCAACAUCUUGUAGUCCGGUUAUAAACUUUGAAGGAGUAAUGAAAAACGUAACUCGGUUGGGAUUUCAAGAAGAUGGAAAAUGGAUGUUUACAGCCGGAGAAGAUUGCAGGAUACGUAUUUGGGAUAUGAGUUUUUCAAGCCCGCAGUGUAAAAGAAUGUUUGAUUGUCUCACUCCCAUAAAUGCUGCCUGUUUGCACCCAAAUCAAGUUGAAAUGGCAAUAGGCUCACAAGGAGGAGGCGUAUAUUUGUGGGAUGUAAAAUCAGAUAGACAUGAGCAAUUAAUACCAGAAGUUGAUGCUUCAAUACAAGACAUUGCAAUAAGUCCUGAUGGGAUGUACAUGGCAGCUGUUAAUAAUAAAGGAAACUGUUACAUUUGGAGUUUGUCUAGCUCAAGUGAUCAACACUUAAGUGUCUUAAAACCAAAACUUAAAAUAACUGCCCAUAAAAGAUACGUUUUAAGAUGCAAAUUUAGUCCAGAUUCCAGUUUGCUAGUUACAACGUCAGCUGACAGCACUUUUAAAUUGUAUAGAACAAGUGACUUUUCUUUAUUCAGAGAAUUUUCCCUCGAUAAUAAAAAGUGGAUCUGGGACAUCGCAUUUUCCGCUGAUUCUAAAUACAUUUUUACAGCUUCUUCGGAUGGGUUAGCAAGGUUAUGGAAAAUUGAUACGAGAGAUAUCGAACGUGAAUAUAUUGGACAUCAAAAAGCAAUAACUGCUCUUUCUUUUAAAGACGAGGUAGUAUCUUAAAAAUUAAAAAAAACAAACAAAAUAAUUUUAAUUAAGUUACAUUAAUAUGUAUAUGUAUUAAAUUACUCCUAAAUGACAAAAACGAUUACAUUUAUUUAAACUACCAAAUGUUUUUUUUAAAUGAUGUCUGGAAUAUACUU